UUAUCCAAAGUACAAUACAAGAGUUUCAGACGAAAUGUCUUCAAUUGAUUUUGAUCCAUCUAUAAAACUGUGCUUAAAGCACUUACACUCCAGUGCCUCAGAUUCGACAGAGCAACUCCGGCUAACCCUCGACGAUAUCAUUCGUCAGACGUACGGCAGCGCAAAAACGUUAGCCAAUACGUUGCCUAAGAAGUAUUUGAAUGAGGAAAAAUUAGAAUCGCCUCGGAUGGCGAAGCAUAAGAGUGAGAAAGCGUCGAGUUCGAAGACGGUGCCUAUACCGCAGCAGAGUCCGCAACAACUGCAGAUUCCGGAGCGGGAGAACGACGAUGGGUCGGUGAUGGACGGGGAGCUGGCCUUCGACCUGCUGGAGGAGGAUCUGACGUGCGCGGUGUGCCGGCAGAUCGCCGUGCAGGCGGGGAACAGGCUGGUGGAGUGUGAGGCUUGCCAUGCACUCUAUCAUCAGGAUUGUCAUAAGCCCGUAAUCAGUGACAAUGAUGUCAGCGCAAGUUGGCAGUGUGCCUCCUGCCUCGCAUCCCAAGGCUUCGUCACCAGCUACACCAAGAUAUCAUCAGCCUCCAAAUCACCCACCCAUGUCUCCGGAUCCACCACACCGGUGAAGAUCUCUUCAGGAAGUUCAUCGUCUAAGGUUGUCACUCCUAAUAUAAAUAUAAUUUCGGCUGACAAGAGACUGCAGAUUAUGAAGAAGAAAGCAGCAAAGCAACAUGAAAAGAAGAAACAUAAGUGAAGCAGUUUGAUUUAGCUGAAUGCAUGUAAGAUAUUGUUUCUUGAAGAUCUAUGUCCAGUGUGCACAGUUGAUUAUUGUGAACAUAAAAGUA